AUGGGAAAUGCCUCGGAAACAAGACAGUUUGUUUCCACAAUUCCUAAGGAACAUGAUAUCUUCAUGGGCACUGUAUACACUGUUUUCUUUUUGCUGUCUGUGCUGGGAAACGGCAUAUUACUUCUUGUAGCAUAUAAGAACAGAUCAUCGCUGAAGCCAGCAGAGUACUUUAUAGUGAACUUGUCUAUCAGUGACCUUGGCAUGACUGUGACUCUCUUUCCUCUAGCUAUUCCGUCAGCAUUCAUGCACAAGUGGCUGUUUGGAGAGCUGACGUGUUUGUACUACGCGGUUUGUGGUGUUCUAUUUGGCUUAUCCAGCUUGACCAAUCUUACCGCCUUAUCAUCAGUCUGCUGCCUUAAAGUCUGCUUUCCCGUCUAUGGUAACAAGUUCUCCCACUGUCACUCGUGUGUGAUGAUAGCAGGAGUAUGGUGCUACGCUUCAGUGUUUGCUGUGGGUCCCUUAGCACACUGGGGCCGCUACAGCCCUGAGCCAUACGGAACGGCAUGUUGCAUAGAUUGGCAUGCACCUAACCACGAUGCCCUGGCCAUGUCUUACAUCAUAUGUCUCUUCCUGUUCUGCUACAUUGUGCCCUGUACUAUUAUCUUGCUCUCUUACACCUUUAUCCUCCUCACUGUGCGUGGCUCACGGCAGGCCAUACAGCAGCAUGUGUCGCCACAGACCAAGACAGCAAAAGCACAUUCUCUUAUUAUCAAGCUUUCUGUAGUGGUAUGCAUUGGCUUCCUGAUUGCCUGGACACCCUACGCCAUUGUUGCCAUGUGGGCAGCAUUUAGUGACCCGGUACAGGUCCCAUUCAUCGCUUUUGCACUUGCAGCCAUAUUUGCCAAAUCCUCUACCAUCUACAAUCCUGUGGUUUACCUGCUUUUCAAACCCAAUUUCCGCAAGUCUCUGACCUUUGAUACUGCAGAAAUCCGCAGACGAAUGUGUUCAAGUCUUUGCAAAGGAAGCCAUGAACCUGAAGGGAAUGAGUCCAACCCACAAAUGUCUAAAUGUGCUAGCAAGGAUGUUAGAAUCUCAACUCACUUUUUCAAUGGAUUGCACAAAAGCUGUGAAGCACAACCUUACAACACUGAGACAGAUUCUAAUUGUCAGCAGGCUCGGAUUCAGAGGACUGUCAGUGUGCUGACUGAAUCCACUCAAACUGAAAUGACCGUGAGUCAGAUGUCAGAGAAAAUGCAAGCUGACUUCAUAUAGGCAGCUUAAAGGACAUCCAACACAUGCCAAGAUGAAUGAGAUGGAUGACAGUGUGCACGUCUCAAAAAAGAACAUAUCAGAAGAUUACACUGGUAUUUCAAGGGAGUUUAUUUAAAUGCUUAUGAACAAUUGUAUUUACACAUUUUGGACUACUUUUUAAAAGAAAAACUACUUCUGAGGAGUUUCAAACACAAGAUUGCUCUAGAUGAUAACCUGUCAUUGCAAAAGACUGUGCCUGAUGCAUGCUAUGUACUAUAUUUUACACUAGAUUAAUACACUAAUUUAACAUACUAUUUAGCAUAGUGAUGUGCAAUUUAAGGCACUGCCAAAUAGGGGUAUGUGGUGGGUAAAUUAAUGGGACAGCAAGAGAACAUGGAGGUAUUCACAAAUCUGUGAAUAUUUAUAAAUCCUGACCUACACAGACAUGUCUACCAAGAGAUGAACAGCUAUAUCUGAAGGGGUAAAUGGCCGAACAUCUGAAAUAUAUUGGUUCCCUGUUUUGGUCUUCCUGUCUUGCUCCCACUGGACCUGCUGAAACCAAGAGAAAAAUGAAAUAAAUAACAAAG